AUGAACGUGGAAACGCCAUGGGUGCUCGCGACUCUCGGCCUCGCCGCCCGCAGCCAGGCGCCGACCGCUUUCUGCGAGCUCAGUAGCCCACAGGGGCUGCCCGCGCCCAAGCCCACGCCCGCCAGCGCUGCACCUCCACACCCGGCCCCGCCCCUGGCCCCGCAGAGCGCCGCCCCGGCCACGCCCCGAGCCCCGCCCCGCACACAGCCGGGCCCUAUCCUCGCCCUUUCUGGAACAGGCCCCGCCCCACGCCCACAGUCCCGCCCCCAGCCACGCCCCCGACUCCGCCUGAGCUGCUCCGCGUGCCCUGUCCGGUUGCUGCGGGACUGCCAGCUGCACCGGGAUCUUUGUGCAGGCGGUGUGGCGCCAAGGAACCAAGGCGCGCCGGUGGAUCCUGGGGUCGGGAUGCCGGCUCCGUCCCGGUGUCGAAGGCCCUGGGGGCAGAACCGGUCAGCUGCUAGUCUGGCUGAGGCGCCGCUCAGAUGCACACGGGUUUCUCCGUCGACGUUACUGGUAGUGUCUGCGGACCCUCAAUCACUGCCGGCAAACGCACAGCACUUGGAAUGA